AUGGCUGAUCAGAUCUCAUCUGUGCAAGGGAACAAAGGUGGGAUUUGCAUACCGGCCUGUAUAUUUCUUAUUAUGUCAUCCUUUCAUGUCAGUGAGCAAGAGCAUUCAGGAUACCAGUCAGGUGAUGAAGGUACUGACAGGGGGACAGAAUCAUAUCUGUAUGUGCAUGAAGCAGACAGUACACUUAUCGAUGGCUACGAAUCAGGAGAUGACAUGAGGAUGACCACCACAAGCUUCCCUUACAUAACAGACUACCCUAGCAGCUAUUACCUAGAGGAGACCACGGCUGCUUAUUAUGAGUCAAUAUCUUCUGGAUAUUAUUUGAACAGAGAGGAAUAUACUUAUCCUACUCCAACAGAGCCCUAUGACAAUGUGAAGGAAGUUAUUACCCUAACCGCAAGGACACCAUUCAGUAGAAAGAAAGAUCCCUUCUCAGUUCCUAAUGUCUCAGGGGAAACAGAAGUCAUUGAUCUGUUGCGAGAAUUAGGAGUCCCCAGUGCUUCUGGAGUCAAUACUGUUCCAGGAUCACAAAGUGACCGGACAGCAUAUCAGCUUGGACCACAUGUGCACAUUACAGGAGAAACCAGAUUACUUCCCCCACAGGGGCUCUCCCAGGAAUUCUCUGUAGUUUCUACCUUCAGAAUGAGGGAGGAUACCUCUCAGGUAGUGUGGGAUCUCUGGAGAGUGAUGGACAGUGCCAGAGCUGAUCAGUUUAGGCUGCGUCUCUAUGGAGAAAGCUCUGCAGUUGACAUAUACAGUGCAGCAGGAGAAGCAUCAGGUAGUGAGCUCACCACCUUUGAGAAUGUGGAGAAGCUUUUUGAUGGGACAUGGCACAAGCUUGCCCUUAGUGCCAGGAGAAACCAGCUUACUUUAUAUAUAGACUGCCAGCCAGUGGGCACUGCCCCUGUCAGUCAUUAUGGAGCAAUCAGGACAGAUGGAAACAUUGUCUUGGCCAAGAGAAUAAAGGAUGACAUCACUACACUGGUGGAUGUGCAGCAACUUCAGCUUUACACAGACCACAACCGGGCAGAGGACGAAACGUGUUGUGAAGUACCUGGAGUGGAAGAUGUCCGGUGUGGGAGCUCAGGUCACAGGGAGAUUCCAGAAACCUGCAGUUGCCAGCCUGGAGUGCUGGGCUAUGCUGGUUUUCCUGGUACAAAGGGUGAAAAAGGUGAUCAAGGUGCCUCAGGCUUCCCAGGAUUGCAAGGAAGACAGGGUGAUCCAGGAGAAACAGGUUCUGAAGGACCUUCUGGAUAUUCUGGAGCCCUGGGUUUCAUCGGUAUACCUGGAGAGAGAGGUGAAUUGGGUCCCCCAGGGAAAAAGGGUGAACCUGGUUUGCCUGGACCUGAAGGUGAAUCUGGAAUAAAAGGAGAAGCAGAUGACAUUGGGAGGAGCGGUGAGGAUGGCAGCUCUGGUGCUCCAGGAGAGGAGGGUUCACAAGGAACACCAGGAAAACCAGGACCUCCGGGGCUAGAUGGACCAAAGGGCUUUGCUGGUGCUAAUGGACCCAAAGGAGCCCAUGGAAAGCAAGGAUCUAUGGGUUAUCCAGGAGCCAUGGGAGAAACUGGAGAAGCAGGGCCUAAGGGAGAUGAAGGACCUAUGGGAAUCCCAGGCAGUGAUGGCAUUCCAGGAAGAGAUGGUCCACUGGGAAUCCCAGGAUUAGAGGGUGAGAUUGGACUCAUGGGACCAAAGGGUAACAAAGGUGAGCAGGGUCCCAAGGGACCACCAGGAAGAUCAGGCUCCAUGGGAGCCAAAGGUGUGAUGGGUGAUCCUGGCCUACCAGGUAAACCCGGUUCUAAAGGAAUAAAAGGCCAAAAGGGGGCUCAAGGUGAGACUGGAGAUCAAGGCCCAAAGGGUGAUACUGGAAGAAAAGGAGACAUUGGGGAUGCUGGAUCCCAGGGUGAUCCCGGAGACAGGGGAGACAAAGGCCAACAAGGAGAAUGUGGAUCUCCUGGUCCAGUUGGUCCAGAAGGCCAAAGAGGUGUCCCUGGUUUACCUGGUCCAAGAGGUUUUCCAGGCUUUGUGGGGGAGAAUGGAAUAAUUGGUCCCCCUGGACCUCCAGGGCCUCGUGGACCUGAGGGGUUAGGAAUGCCUGAGGAGCACGUGUAUGAACUGUGUCGUAAUGUGAUCAUAGCUCAGAUAGCCCAAUAUUCAGCAGGUAUCAGAUACAAAUGUGCCAGUGCUUGUCCCACUGCUAAUCUGACACUAAUUGGACCCCCAGGACUUCCUGGCAUGGCAGGACCACCUGGAAAAAAGGGAAAACCAGGUCUUCCUGGACUUACUGGGAAACCUGGCCCCACAGGACCUACUGGAUUUCCUGGAGUUAAUGGAGAAGUUGGGGAACCAGGAGAAAAAGGCCAGAAAGGUGAUAGAGGAGAUCUGGGUAAAGGACUCCCUGGACCAGAUGGACCUCCAGGGUCUAUAGGGGUUCCUGGACAUCCCGCUACUGCCCAAGAUGGCCAGCCAGGCCCAACAGGCCCUCCUGGAUACAGCGGCCCUCCUGGGCAGCCUGGAUUUCCUGGUCCUGCAGGCAUCCCUGGCCUGUGUGAAGCAACAGAUUGUGGUAUCUACGUUCCAAAACUGCUGGCAGAACAGGAAUUUGUAAAGGGACCAGCAAUUUAACUGUAAAUGAGUAAUAAUGCAAGGCUAAGAGGUUAAAAACAGCUCAAUGUCUCUAACACCCACUGUAAAAUUCUUACUCCGACUGUUGUUAUUUCUUCAGUAUAUAUCUCAGUCAUAUGCUGUGCUACCUCAUCAUUACAAUGAACUCCUGUGCCACUCAGAGAAAAAUUCAUUAAGAGGGCAUUUGCUCUAAUAGAGUUAGUUAAUUUGCUGCAUAAUAAUCAUGAAAAAAUCUGGUUGGAAUUAUUAUAAGUAGAGGAUUGUUAUAAACAGAGUUUGUAAUACUAUUGUACUCUAUGUGCAAAUUGUGCAACGAGAAUAUUGUACAAAUACUGUAGACAAGUAAAUAUGAUACCAAGUCCAGCUCAAAAGAUUCUUCCCUCAGUACCACCAAGCACUGCUCUGUUUUGAGUGUGCUGAUAAAAGCUCUUGAGUUGUUUGAUUACCCAUUGAU